CUAGAAGUUUGACACUUCAUUCUGAAAAUAAACAUUUCAAUUCACUGAUCUUGGUGUGUCUGCGUAAAGUUUUUUAACGUGUUAGUACUGGAUAAAAGUAGCAUAAUAAAUAAUCGUAUACUGGAUGUUAAACUGAAAGUUGCAACCGAUGUCACAGUCUUCUUUAAAUCGCCAAUCUCAACAAAAUACUACAGGACCGAAAGAAGAACAACCUCCGUCCAAGGUACCUGAAUCCGUAAGGAAAAUAAUAGCUAUGGAAAAAGAGAACGACUCAAACGCCAACCGAAAAUCCAGGAUUGAUUUGAACGCGCUUCCUACUCGACAGUAUCUGGACCAGACUGUUGUGCCUAUUCUACUCCAGGGUCUGUCUGCACUAGCUAAAGAAAGGCCUCCGGACCCCAUCGACUAUUUAGCGGCGUAUUUACUGAAGAAUAAGGGCACCUUUGAAAGUAACACCUCGUCGAAUAACAACCCGACGGCAAACCCGCAACCAUAAUAUCUCCACAAAUUGUACAGC